GGCGGUUCACACGGAAACCAAAGCUAAUGACCGAUGUUUGUUAUGCUACAAAUAGCAGUAUGCCUGCUGAACGCAAGCGCUCAGUAAACAUGGACGAGAAAGAUGUUUGCCCCUUCGGUGGCAAGGACAAAGAGAAGGAGCGAGACAGUGACAGAAGACCGGGAUCUGCUCGAGACAAAGCGAAAGACGAGGCCAAAAUGAGCGGUAAAAAGGACGGGGGCAAGGAGGAGAAGAGAAAGCGUCUUGAGGAAGAGAAGAAGAAGAAAGAGGAAAAGGAUCGACGGAAGAAGGAGGAGGAAAAACAGAAGGCAGAGGAGGAGUUGAAGAAGAAAGAGGAGGAGGAGAAGAAGCAGCAGGAGGAGGAGGAGAAGAAGCUUCAAGAGGAGGAAGCCAAACGACAGCGCGAGGAAGAGGCCGCUCUCCUCAAGGAGAAAGAGGAGAGCCAUCAGCUGCACCAGGAGGCCUGGGAGCGCCAUCAGUGCAGGAAAGAUCUCCGAAGCAAGAACCAGAACGCCUCAGACGGUCGUCCCGAGGAGGCGUUCUUCAGCCGCCUGGACUCCAGCCUGAAGAAGAACACCGCCUUCGUCAAGAAGCUGCGCACGCUCACCGAGCAGCAGCGAGACUCGCUCUCCAACGACUUCAACUCGCUGAACCUCAGCAAGUACAUCGGCGAGGCCGUGAGCUCCGUGGUGGAGGCCAAGCUGAAGAUCUCCGACGUGGGCUGCGCAGUCCACCUGUGCUCCCUCUUCCACCAGCGCUACACUGAGUUCGCUCCGUUGCUGCUGCAGGCCUGGAAGAAGCACUUUGAGGCGAGGAAGGAGGAGAAGGCGCCCAACGUGAGCAAGCUGCGCACGGACCUGCGCUUCAUCGCCGAGCUCACCAUCGUCGGCCUCUUCACAGACAAAGAGGGGCUCUCUCUCAUCUACGAGCAGCUGAAGAACAUCAUCGGGACAGACCGCGAGACGCACACCCACGUGUCGGUCGUGAUCAGCUUCUGCAAGCACUGCGGGGACGACAUCGCCGGCCUGGUCCCCCGCAAGGUGAAGCUGGCCGCCGAGAAGUUCAGCCUGGCCUUCCCUCCGAGCGAGAUCAUCAGCACGGAGAAGCAGCAGCCCUUCCAGAACCUUCUGAGGGAGUACUUCACUUCACUCACCAAACACCUGAAGAAAGACCACCGUGAGCUGCAGAACACGGAGAGGCAGAACAGGCGGAUCCUUCACUCUAAAGGGGAGCUGAGUGAGGACCGGCACAAGCAGUAUGAAGAGUUUGCCACUUCCUACCAGAAGCUUCUGGCCAACACUCAAUCCCUCGCCGAUCUGCUGGACGAGAACAUGCCAGACCUGCCUCAGGACAAGACCGUGCAGGAGGAGCACGGUCCCGGCAUUGACAUUUUCACCCCUGGUAAGCCCGGAGAGUACGACCUGGAGGGAGGCAUCUGGGAGGACGAAGACGCUCGUAACUUCUACGAGAACCUGGUGGACCUGAAGGCCUUUGUUCCUGCCAUCCUCUUCAAGGACAACGAGAAGAGCAACCAGGGCAAAGACAAGGACGAAGCCAAAGAUGGCAGAGAGGGGAAGGACUCGGCCACCACCACCGAGGAGCUGGAGCUGGAGCUCGAGGCUCUCGACAUCACAGAUGAACCUCUGGAGCUGGAGGGACCGGACGAGGCAGAAAAUGAAGAACUGGCUAAAAAACUGCUGGAUGAGCAAGAACAAGAGGAUGAAGAGGCCAACACAGGGUCCCACCUGAAGCUCAUCGUGGACGCGUUCAUCCAGCAGCUCCCGAACUGUGUCAACAGAGACCUGAUCGACAAGGCUGCCAUGGACUUCUGCAUGAACAUGAACACAAAGUCCAACAGGAGGAAACUCGUGCGAGCUCUCUUCACCGUCCCCAGGCAGAGGUUGGAUCUCCUGCCCUUCUACUCUCGCUUGGUCGCGACUCUUCAUCCCUGCAUGUCGGAUGUGGCCGAGGACCUGUGCUCCAUGCUGAAGGGAGACUUCAGGUUUCAUAUCCGGAAGAAGGACCAGAUCAACAUCGAGACAAAAAACAAAACGGUCCGAUUCAUCGGGGAGCUGGCCAAGUUCAAAAUGUUCUCAAAAACAGACACGCUUCAUUGUCUCAAGAUGCUGCUGUCAGAUUUCACUCAUCAUCACAUCGAGAUGGCCUGCACGCUGCUGGAGACCUGCGGACGCUUCCUCUUCAGAUCCCCCGACUCCCACCUGCGUACCAGCGUCUUACUGGAGCAAAUGAUGCGUAAGAAGCAGGCUCAGCAUCUGGACGCCCGCUACGUCACGAUGGUGGAGAACGCCUACUACUACUGCAACCCUCCGCCCGUGGAGAAGACGGUGAAGAAGAAGAGGCCGCCGCUGCAGGAGUACAUCCGCAAGCUGCUCUACAAAGACCUGUCCAAGGUGACCACGGAGAAGGUGCUGCGGCAGAUGAGGAAGCUGUCGUGGCAGGACCCCGAGGUGAAGAGCUACCUGAUCUGCUGCAUGGUCAACAUCUGGAACGUCAAGUACAACAGCAUCCACUGCGUCGCCAACCUGCUGGCCGGCCUGGUGGCCUACCAGGAGGACGUGGGCAUCCACGUGGUGGACGGCGUGCUGGAGGACAUCCGACUGGGCAUGGAGGUAAGAGGAGACUCUUUUCACACCAGCCGGAUCAGCAGCGCCAAGUUCCUGGGCGAGCUCUACAACUACCGCAUGGUGGAGUCGGCCGUCAUCUUCCGCACCCUCUUCUCCUUCAUCUCCUUCGGGAUCAAUCAGGACGGCAGCCCGAGCUCGCUGGACCCUCCGGAGCACCUGUUCCGCAUCCGCCUGGUCUGCACCCUGCUCGACACCUGCGGGCAGUACUUCGACCGCGGCUCCAGCAAGAGGAAGCUCGACUGUUUCCUCAUCUACUUCCAGCGGUACAUCUGGUGGAAAAAGAGCACUGAAGUCUGGACCAAGGACCACCCGUUCCCCAUCGACAUCGACUACAUGAUCAGCGACACCCUGGAGCUCCUCCGGCCCAAGAUGAGGCUCAGCUGCUCCUGAGAGGCCACCAAGCAGGUCACCGAGCUGGAGAGGGAGGUGCUCGUCAAACUGG